AUGGACCGGCGCGUUCCAUGGGGUACAUCGUCCGAAGGACACCCUUACGCAUACAGGCAAGAUAUGGCCAAUCCGUAUGCCACACAGGCUGAUAUUUCCUCUUCGCCCUAUGGUGAUUCUGUGCCUUCGGCACAAGCUUCAGCACAACCUGUCCCGACCGAGCAGGAAAGGGAUUAUGUGUAUUUUCGACGAGAUACCAAUCAUAUGAACAAGGCCACGGUAGACGCAGCGAAAAGUGCCAAGAUGCGACUCGAGCACUAUUACCGCAUGACCGUGGACCAAGCUAUCGAGCGCAAUCAGCGCCGGACGGAUCUAGAAAAGCGCUUAUUGAACCCGCCGGAUGGUAUUCCUAUUUCAGAUGAGCGCAAAGCCCGGCAGCUCGCACAACUCGGUCGACGAGAAACAAGCUUUUUACGGCUUCGUCGAACUAGACUAGGUCUGAGUGAUUUCCGAACCGUCAAGGUGAUCGGAAAGGGCUCAUUUGGCGAAGUACGCGUCGUGCAGAAAGUCGAUACAGGUAAAAUUUACGCAAUGAAAACGCUGCGUAAGAGCGAAAUGCUGAAAAAGGACCAACUUGCACAUGUGCGCGCGGAGCGCGAUGUGCUAGCCGAAUCAAAUUCACCUUGGGUUGUGCAGCUCUACUACUCAUUCCAGGACUCGGCAUACCUGUACUUGUUGAUGGAAUUUCUUCCUGGCGGUGAUCUCAUGACAAUGUUGAUUAAAUACGAUACGUUUUCAGAGGAUGUGACGCGAUUUUACAUUGCCGAAUGUGUCUUGGCUCUCGAAGGUAUUCAUCAGCUUGGCUUUAUUCAUCGUGACAUUAAGCCCGACAAUAUCCUUAUCGAUAGAAAGGGGCACAUCAAGCUGUCUGAUUUUGGCUUGUCGACUGGUUUCCAUAAGCAGCAUGACAACGCCUAUUACCAAAAGCUCCUUGAGGAUCCACCGCAACAAUCACCUGUACAAUCGAACCGGAACUCGGUGGCAGUAAACAGUAUCACACUGACACUCAGCAGCAAAGACCAGAUCGCUACUUGGAAAGCUAAUCGCCGCAAGCUCGCAUACUCAACGGUCGGUACGCCCGAUUACAUCGCGCCAGAGAUAUUCCUCCAGCAGGGCUAUGGUCAUGAAUGCGACUGGUGGAGUUUGGGCACCAUCAUGUUCGAAUGCUUGUGUGGCUACCCUCCUUUUUGCUCGGAGAAUGCACACGAUACGUACCGCAAGAUUCUGGCAUGGCGCGAGACGCUGCAGAUCCCUGACGAUAUCCAUUUGAGCCCUGAGGCUGAAGAUAUGAUUUUCCAAUUGAUUACAGCGCCAGAGAAGCGCCUUGGACGAAAUGGAGCCCAGGAAAUCAAGGACCAUCCGUUCUUCGCAGGCGUCGACUGGUCGACCAUUCGCCAAAUUGAUGCGCCGUUUGUGCCACACCUCUCUAGUGUGACAGACACGAGUUACUUCCCUACCGAGGACUAUCAAGAUGUACCCGACGUGCCUGUUGGCGCUGAUACAGAUGUGGGUGCGAAAGACUUGGCAUUCCUUGGCUACACGUUCCGGCGAUAUGAAGCAAAUGAAAGCGCCCUGUAG